UCAAUACAUCUCUUGCAAGCUGGUCUGGCUUCAUCGCAUUUGACACGUCGUCCCUCUGGGCAGAGAUCAAGCGCGGUUUCUUGCUUACUUGCAGGUAAAACACCCAAAUCGACUCUUACGAUGGUUCUGGCGUUUGGCAGCGUCUGCUUUGGAGGGAGCGUUGGAUUGUGAAGUCCUGGGAUCCUUUUUGACGAUAUGCAUCACGUAGUUCCAACCUUCGGGCUUGUACACUGUCUUCUCUCUUCUCUCUCCUGUACCGAGGACACUCAAUGCGACGUGGACAUAAUACCUUCAAUAGGUAUGCUGGGGCAGCAGGAACAUUCUGGCGCGGUUAUCGCGGAUCUUGAUGGCGAUUUCCUUCUUUGGAAUUACCCGAAAGCCUUGCUGUCUCGCGGCUCAGUUGCUUUGUGGCUUAAAGGAGAGCGAAUAACCGUUAAACACACCUAAUGUCACGAGGCUUGGCUCUAGGCUUGGGGAGCGGGUGAGAGUGGCCCCUAU